GCCUCCGCCCAGAAUAAUCCUUUGGCUUCUGUCUCCUCACAAGCUCCGUAAGCUGGAGAAGUUCUUUUUCCCUUCCGAUCGCUCCACAGACCACAGUACGACUGUAUAAGCACUCAAAGAUUCAAUCUUUACACUGUAAUAGUGCUUUUCGAUUUCCGCUUUUUGUCGAAUUCUGCGUUAUCUGAAUAUGGCGACGAUGAGCAUUUCCAUCAUUGUGUUCCUCUCAAGUUUUUCAGGAUUGGGAUGAAUUGUGAUUGCGAUUUCAUUGUGUUGUUGAAUUAUGAACCCUUAAAGCUCAUGUAGAGUCAUCGUUUCGCUUGCUGAACAGAUGGGGGAGAGUUGCAUAGCUGAGCUAGCCUACAAAGGCUCCAUCUCUCAAGCAAUUCUCGAAGCCAAAGCCCAGAAGAAGCUUUUCAUUGUUUAUAUUUCAGGCAAGGAUCCAGUGUCAGUGGACUUGGAGAAAUCGACUUGGACUGACUCAAAGGUGGCAGAUACACUAUCAAAGUACUGCGUUUUGUUGCAUGUUCUUGAGGGGAGUAAUGAUGCAGUAAACUUCUCUGCAAUUUAUCCACAAAAAUCUGUUCCUGCUGUGGCUGUUAUAGGAUUCAAUGGCGUCCAACUCUGGCAAAGUGAAGGAAACGUUAGUGCUGAAGUUUUAGUUUCCAGUUUAGAGAAAGCGUAUUUGAGUCUUCAUAUCCAGGAAACAACUGCAAGUGUCUUUACUGCUGCACUUGCUAAUACGAAGUCUGCACCAACUACUCCUGGGUCAUCUAACAUUAUAUCAGGUGACCAUGAAAGUUCUUCAUCUACUGUUUCAUCAUCUCCAGAUGGCAAAAAAGUGCAAUCCUCUGAGUUUGAACAACCUAGUGCUUCUGGGACAAAAGACGACAACCAUCGUGACCGUAAAACUAAGGAUGAUGAAAAUGCAUCUUCGGAUCCAUGCAAUGUCAAUAAGUCGAUGAAAGCUGAGGAUGAACAGUCCCAUUCCCAACCACUCAGCAAAAGUACUGGCCCCUCGUCUAAUCCCUCUACGGAAAACUUGGAAACCGUUGAUAAUGUUGGUGCAGAAAACAUUCCUGUUAUCCGAGAAGUCAGCACUGAUUACAAUUCUGACAAACCACCUUUGAUGAAUCCCCUUCCAAAGGAUGCACAAGAUAAAAAGCUUGCAACUUCAAAUGAAAAGGAGAUCGAUGCCAUUGAAAAAGGCUCCAAAAUUAAUGCAUCAACUGAUGUUCAUCUAAACAUCAAGUUGCUUAAUGGAACUAGCAUACAAGAGAAGUUCUUGGUGUCGUGUACACUGAGAAUGGUCAAAGACUACGUGGAUAGGAACCAAGAGAAUGGAUAUGCUGCAUACGAUCUUGCCAUCCCAUAUCCUCGGAAGAUAUUUGGUGAACAAGAUCUAUGCAGAUCUUUAUCAGAUUUGGGUUUAUUUAACAGACAAGCACUGAUAGUGGUUCCUCAUCAGAAAGAAGUGAGUUACUUUCAAGGAGACUCUUCUUCUUCCCCUUCACAGAGUACAGCUGACACCAGUUCAUCAGUUGCGAGUCCCGGAGGAUAUUUCGGGUACAUUAGGAAGGUCUUCUCUUUCAUCAAUCCUCUAUCCUAUGUUGGAGGAUCCAGUUCACCAGCUUCUGGGCAAGCUGGAAGCAGCAUGUGGCAAUACAGUCCAAACCAGUCCCUCCCGAAUAGCUCAGGAAGACCAGGGCCACCUGGCACCAACUCUCCGGAUCAGCGCGAUUCGGCAGCUACUGCAAACGAUAUCAGGAGCAGGCGAUUAGCAGCGUUCGGGUCUGGAAGCAACAUUCACACACUCAGACGGGACGAAGAUGAUAACCGUUCAAAUGGCAGGAAUACCUUCUGGAAUGGAAACUCCACACAAUUCGGUAGUGGUGAUGGUAAUAAUGAUGGGAGGCCAUAACGUGAUGUAGGAACUUCAUCGCCCUUAUCUUUGCCAUCUAUUUCUCUGAAAUGGAUCGUGGAUUGGUUAGGUUUACAUAUAGCAAGGAUUGAAUAUACAGAUUCUCGGCCUGAAGCUAGAUUGCACUUCAGGAGUUUAAGUUAAUGAUGAUGCAUAUCUAUUUACUUCUACUUCAUUUCUGGAUAUUGAAUUGUUGAUGUUUAGUUUAUAUGAAGUCUUUUUGGAGUCAGGUGAGGAAUAGUGGAACCAGAUUUCUGUAGUGCCAAUCUGUCCAAAAGAAUCUGCAGCCAACAUAGGUCUCCCAUAUAUAGGAAACCAACUGUGGAUCGU